AUGCUCAUACUGCUCCGCCUUCUCUGGCUCGCUGCGCCUACAUAUUGUCUUUGGCCGUCGCCUAGCGGACCAAUCGCAAACGGCAGCGACGCACUAUUCCUAUCUUCCAAUUUCCACGUGGUUCUGUCAUCUUUGACUUCGCUUCCGCCAGAUCUUAUUGAUGCAAUCAAGGAUGCACAAGGCCAGAUAGACAAUGAUGACUUCGAGCGCCUCACCUUGGAAGACGAUCGUGAGAAGCUCCGUGAUGCAAGAACGGUAGCGCGUAUGACCCUUGAACUUGAUCCUCAUCGCACUCAACAAGAAAGCCAGAUCAGGUCGAUCACAGACGACGUGAACUUGGACUUUGCUCAGUGGGCGGAGAAUGAAGCGUACCGUCUGCGCAUCAGCGAACGCUCAUGCGUCCUUUCGGCGUCUACCUCGCUAGGCUUCCUGCGUGGCCUACAGACGUUUGUACAGCUCGUCUACACUUUACCGCUAGACCCAGCAGCCGUAAUUGAUGACCAGACAGUGCUCGCGAGCGCAAAGCGAACGAGAUACAUAUUGAAUACGCCCAUAGAUAUAUCGGACAAGCCAGCCUUUCCCGUCAGAGGGCUCAUGGUCGAUACUUCGAGAGCCUUUCUGCCGGUAGACGCAUUGCAGCGUCUCCUGGAUGCCAUGAGCUGGUCGAAGUUCUCACUACUUCACUGGCACAUGACCGAUGCGCAAUCGUGGCCACUCGAAGUCACGGGCUACCCUGAACUACUGCAAGCCGCCUACAACAGCCAAAGCAUCUACAAAGCGAGCAAAGUAGAUGAGCUCGUCGCCUUUGCAAAUGCUCGUGGGAUCCAGGUCAUGCUCGAGAUCGAUAUGCCUGGCCAUACUGCCUCGAUAGGCCUUUCUCACCCGGAUCAUGUUGCCUGCCAUGAUGCCAUGCCUUGGCAAGCAUAUUCUGUUGAGCCACCGGCAGGUCAGCUUCGCAUUGCAAGCGAUACCACGACUGCCUUUGCUCGCGGCAUUGUGCAAAGUGUUGCUCGCCGAUUUGCAGGCUCACUCUUCAGCACAGGCGGCGAUGAAGUCAAUACAAAUUGCUACGCUGAAGACGCAGCAACGCAGCAAGCACUCUCUGCGAGGAACAGUACUUUGAUGGAUGCAUUGAGUGCAUUCGUUAGCCAAUUGCAGGACGCUGUAGCAGGUGCAGGCAAGAGGCCAGUCGUCUGGGAAGAGAUGGUGCUUGAUCACAACAUCGCUCUUCGCAACGAUACCGUCGUCACCGUCUGGCAGACAUCCGAGAACGUUCGCAAGGUCGCCCAGAAAGGCUUUCAGAUCAUUCACGCCGCCAGCGAUUAUUUCUAUCUCGACUGCGGCAUGGGUGCCUGGCUCGACAAUAUGCCGAAUGGCACGUCAUGGUGUGAUCCUUACAAAACAUGGCAGCGAAUGCUGUCAUUUGACCCCUAUGCUGCUCUGCAGAGCAGACAACGGCAUCUUGUACUCGGCGGACAGGCUCUUCUGUGGUCCGAGCAAACGGACGAGACCAAUUUCGAGCAAAACAUCUGGCCUCGAGCGGCAGCCAUCGCUGAGCGUUUCUGGUAUCACAAUCCAAACGACGACACAACAUUAUCGCGACUGCACGAGUGGCGCUACCGGCUCGUCAAGCGCGGUAUUCGAGCUGUACCACUACAGCCACAUUUGUGCGUGCUCAGACCGGGCCUUUGCAGCCUGUAA